AUGGCUCAUUUCUUCAAAGAGAGGAGUACUUGUCCCUUCUGUCAACGUUAUCUGGAAAGGCCGAUGUACUUGAAAUGCGGAUACGUCUGCUGCCUCCGGUGCAUUGACUCACUAGAGAAGAUUCCCAAGACGGGGGGCACACUGUGCCCCAACUGCUCCGUUGUCUCUUUGAAGGAAGACAUCCUACCUGCUUUCGUGCUGGGUCGCCUGACUGCCAAGAUAAAAGAGCUAGAGGAAUCUCAAUCAUGUUCUAAAAAUGAACCCCAGGAUGAAGAUAUUUCAAGGAGUGUCUACUUUGGAUCUAAGAAGCAGGACCGGAAAGAAUGUGCAGAGAGAUUCCAGAUCACCACCUGCGUCCUGGGCUCCUCACGGUUCACUGCCGGCCGCCAUUACUGGGAGGUAGUGGUGGGAACCAGCAAAGAAUGGGAUAUCGGCGUUUGCAAAGAGUCAGUUGAUCGACAAGUUCCUGUUGCCCUGUCGGACAAACAGGGAUUCUGGACUGUGGGGGUGAGAGAGGGAAACGUCUAUGCCGCCAGCACUGAACCCUUGACUGAGCUCUCUGUGAACCCCCGGUUGCACAGAGUGGGGAUUUUCCUUGACCUACAAGAAAAGCAAGUAUCCUUUUGGGACCUUAGCGAUGGUUCCCACAUCUUUACAUUCUUUGAAAUUUCUGAAUCGGAUGCAUAUCGCCCACUCUUUAUUCCAGCAAAUUCGUGUCCAGAUGAUCAAGAAGAAACCCUCACUAUCUGUCCUGUGACGCAUCCAGGCAUUUUUGGGCCUCCAGUUAACCCCUAACAAGGAAAACAAUACUUGAAUACAAAAUCUUCUAUGGGAAAUUGCUGUGUACUCCUAACUAUGGCUAAGAAUUUUUGUGUUUGGUAUACACAGGGCACAAAAGCAUUGCAGAAAUAUA